UAAAAAACGAACGAAACGCUUUACUACAGACCGGCACCUGAUAAUGUUGGCAGGAGUUAGUCUGCUGCUGAUUCCGAGUCAAGAAACAUCGCGCACAAACAUGAGGCUGCUUGCGAUUGUACUGGCCAUUGUGGGCGUCAGUUUGGGGGAAACCAUCCCGGAAGCUCGCAUGAUGGGCGGUACCAAUGCCGCCUGGGGACAAUUUGGUUCUGCCGUUUCUAUUACGACGCCCUUUCUGUUGCACUGUGGUGGAGUGAUCUACCAUCCUCAGCACGUGUUGACCUCAGCUCAGUGUGUCCUUAACGCACAAAACCGCCUGAUCGAUCCCUACUGGCUGUCAAUUAUAGCAGGAGACAUUGCGCUUUCACCGAUUGGUGCCCGACGACAGACGAGACGCGUUACACAAAUAUAUGUCCACCCGCAGUUCAACGUGUUUACCAGGGAAAACGAUGUGGCCUUACUGCGGUUGGAUGCUCCCUUCGUGCUGCCCUCGAAUACGAUCGACUUUGCACGAAGGACAAACCGAACCAUCCCUACCGGCACGGCCUGUCAGCUCGCUGGUUGGGGAGCUUCGUCCACUGGGACCCCUGCAACGGUUAAUGUUCUGCAGCGGUUCCUACCGAUAGCGGUGAACGAUCGGGACAUUUGUAACAACCCUGCGAUGCAUGCCGGCCGGGUACUGGAAUCGAUGAUCUGCGCCGGUAAUACUGCGACUUCUACCGGCGCUGCACCCUGUACCGGAAAUCUGGGCACCGGAUUGUACUGUAACCGACAGCUGGUGGGCAUUCUGUCUUUUGGAUUGAACUGUGGCGCCGCGAACGAUCCGCCAGUGUUCACGCAGGUCCGCAACUACGAGCGCUGGCUUUUACAGCAACUCAGUAAUACUCCAGGACUGGCCCCGAACUGGACCCCCGGGGUGCUGUGAAGGGGACGUUUCUUGAAUGAGAUAAAUAAAGAGAUUGUUUGAAAUUGAAUAAAA